AUGCAAAGCUACAGCGGUAACGCGUUGGCGCGGCAAUCAGUGCCCAUCAAGCCUAUACGACGACGAACACCUCGCCUCAAUCUCAUCCGAUCCCUCCCAUCCCCUCGCUUCUUCGUCACCAGCCCUUCUUCCUCGCAGCGACACGACCAUCCGUAUCAUACACUAGCAAUACUUGGCGGAGGCCUGUCAGGCUUGUCGACAGCGCACUACUUCCUCCGCACGCUCUCGCCCUCUUUGCGGGACCAGACGCGGAUAGUCGUCCUUGAAAAGGAGGAACGAGUCGGAGGCUGGUGUCGAGCAGUGAGGAUCCAGAAUGGUCGACGGUUAGGCGAGAAUGAGAAGCCGGAAGGGACGGAGGACCUCUUGGUCUUCGAGACGGGCCCGAGGAGCGUUAGGCCGGUUGGACUGCUGGGUUGGCUGACGAUCGAAAUGGCCCACGAGCUCGGCCUCACGCCCUCGAUAGUCACCGUCCCGAAAUCCGCCCCUUCAGCUCGCAACCGCUUCAUCUACACCGGCCACCGCAGCUCGACCUCAAUCUCUCCCAUCCUCAAAGCAGCCCUACCUACGAUCCCCUCCGCCCUCCUCGAACCUUUCCGACCCCGUUCUCCCCUGCACGACGACCCAUCCGGUCUCGCCGACGAAUCAGUCGACUCGUUCAUCGCUCGGCGGUUCGGGCGACGAUUAGCAGACGAGCUUGCAAGUGCGGGUAUUCAUGGGAUCUACGCAGGCGAUACGAGGAGGCUCAGCGUUCGGGCAGUCUUGCCCGCUCUGUGGGAACUUGAGAAGGAAUGGGGUAGCGUGGUCAUUGGCGCGCUGUUCGGCAGCUUUGCGCGGCGAAGAGGGUGGAAGAAGAAUAGUCCAUGGCGAAUGCGGCAGCAGGCGGAGACGGAGGAGAUGGAGCGCGUGAAGGAGCGGAUCAGGGCGAAGGGAGGAGAGGCCUUGGUCGAGGACAUGGAGAAGGCGAGCGUGUGGGGUGUCAAGGGCGGCUUGCAGGUUGUGACGGAGACGCUGAGGGAGAAGCUUGAGGCCGAGGGCGUCGAAUUCUGGAUGGGCGAGAAGGGCAAGGUCGAGCACGUCGAGAAGGUGGACGGCGGGUGGCAGAUUCGCACAUCUAGCGGUGCUCUCGACGCCUCGCAACUCGUCACGACCAUCCCGCAACUACUCCCUUCAUCCCUCGCGCCUCCCGCUCUUCCCGCCACGACCGUCAGUGUCGUCAACCUCGCCUUCGAGAAGCCCGCACCAGGCUCACCUCCACUUCACCCAGCCGGCUUCGGCUACCUCAUCCCUCGAACUGUCCCGUCCUCCUUGAACCCUCACCGCGCGCUCGGCGUCAUCUUUGACAGCGAUGUCAUGCCCGACGUCGACUCCUCUUCCUCACUUGGCCUCACGAAGCUCUCGCUCCUCCUCGGCGGCUCGUACUGGCUCGACCGCCAUCCUCCACCACAACCUUCGCACGACGACCUUGUCAAUGCAGCACUCGAGACGCUCCGCCUACACUUUCCCGACCGUCCCAUCCCUAAGCCCGUACACGCCUUCACCCACACACACGUCAACUGCAUCCCCCAAGUCCCGCCAGGGUUCAUGCCCUCUUUCCGGGCGUUCGGAGACAGGCUUAGGGAAGCAGGUAACGUUGCGGUUGUGGGUGGAGGGUUCGCGGCUGUGGGUGUGAACGGGUGUGUCAAGGCUGCGUGGGAGGUGGGGAGCGCGAUGGCGCAGGCUGUGAAUGCGCAGGCGGGAGGAAAGGAGGGGGAGGGGGAGGAGAAGGUGCGCGAGGCGGUUGCGAGGACGGUCAAGACUGGGACGGAAAUGUGGGAGUUGUAG